CGCGAAGGAGUUGACGCGGACCGGUGUGCUAAAGGAAGUAAUGAUCGAAUACAAGGCGAUCAAGGACAAGCUGGAGCUGGGGAAAGGAAAAGGGGCGAAGGGCGCAGAGCAAGCGUACUUCGCCGACGGUGAGGGCCGCAGGGAACGGUACUCAAGUAGGAGUCAGGGGCAAGGUCGAGGUCGUGGCGGCGGCCGUGGCCGCAGCAGCAGUCGCGGCCGCGGCGGAGGCGGUCGAGGCGGCGGCGGCGGCGGUAGCGGCAACCGCUCAGGCGGACCCGGAGGAGUCGAGGAGAGCAAGGGAAGCAGCAGUGGCGGCGCCGAUGGCGGCGGUGGCGGGGACUAUAAGUUCCUGGGCCCGUGCUUUCAGGUGUGGACAUCGUGGACAUCAAGCCACCGGCUGCGCUACCAACGAGAAGGACUUCGUGCCGUGGUCAUCAGUGACGCCGGCGGUGCCGGCGGCCCGGGCGGCGAAGAGUCCGGCGACCCAGGUGGGGACGGCGGUAGCGAUGGUGAUCCCGGCGACUCCGAGAACCUUGAGGAGUUGAAGUAUGAUCCAGCCGACGACCGCUACCCCCGCGGGCUAGAAGGGAAGAAACUCCUCCGGGGCGCCUCGAACGCUGGCCCGCUGCGCCAUGGGCUUGAGAGUGGCCGCACGCGGAGGCAGACCCGGGAGAUGCAAGGUGCCGGGGAGAUGCCGGGGCCCGGAGAAACACCGGACCCGGAAGCGGCAUUGCUGGCGACCAUCCUGGAAACGGGCGGGACGGGGAUUGUUGAGGACUACAUCUGCUACUCGCUUGGGAAGGAGCAGUGGGACGAGGAGCAGACACGCCGUAUGGAGGAGAUGUACAGGCGCGAGAUGCAGGAGGUGUUGGGCCCGGAACAGUAGGCGUUCGGGGCCGAAGUCGACGCCAGCGGGUCUUCGCAACCACUCCCAGACCCACAGCUAAGUAUAACCUCGCCAAUCGGGCAGAAGCCGAGUGAUGUGGAAGCAGUACCGAUGACGUACAAGGAUGUGAUAUGUUCCAAGUACAAGGUUUUCUGGGAGGCGGCCAUGAAGAAAGAAAAAGAUGGCCACGACAAGACUGGAACCUUUACCAAGGUCAAAGAGUGCCCGAGGGGCGGAAGGCCGUAAGUCCAAAGUGGGUGUUCGCUUGGAAGACGAAUGAGAAGGGCCUGAUAGUCGACUUCAAGGCCCAUAUGGUUGCGCGGGGGUUCUCUCAAAUCGCCGGGAUCGACUUCCACCACUCAUCCUCAGCGUGCCCGUCUGCAGCGUCUAUCAAGACGGUGAUUGCCGUAGCCACUGAAAAGGGCAAGAAACUCGCUCACUGGGAUGUGAAGCAAGCGUACAUCCACGCUAAGCUAAAA